AUACAAUCUUUUUGCUUUUACAUUACAGUAAAUCUCUUCGAAAUAUACAAAAUGUCUACCGAUUACGAAUUCAAGGGCUGGCUUGGCCGUGAUCCCGACUCCGUCAAUGGAAAGAUGGAGUGGGAUACCUUCGAGCCCAAGAAGUGGGAGGAGAACGACGUCGAUAUCAAGAUCACACACUGCGGUAUCUGCGGUUCUGAUCUUCACACUCUUCGCUCCGGCUGGGGCGAGACACCUUUCCGUAAGUCAUCUCACAAUGCUUCAACCAAUACAGACGAUGGAGCAAAUACUGAUGACUAGCAGCCUGCUGUGUCGGUCACGAAAUCGUCGGCAAGGCAGUCCGCGUCGGCUCCAACGUAACCAACAUCAAAGUCGGCGACAGAGUCGGUGUAGGCGCCCAGGCCCGCAGCUGUCUCCGCGACGACUGCUCCGAGUGCUCCGCCGGUCGCCUGAACUACUGUCCCAAGAUGGUCAGCACCUACGGCUCCAUCUACCCCGACGACAUUGGAAAGUCAUACGGUGGAUACGCAGACUACAACCGCACUGAUUCUCGCUUCGUCGUAAAGAUACCAGAGAGUCUUCCCUCAGAAUACGCUGCGCCCAUGCUCUGCGGUGGUGUCACUGUGUAUGCACCCCUUCGUAACAAUGGCUGCGGUCCUGGAAAGACUGUUGGUAUCGUCGGUGUAGGCGGUCUAGGCCACUUUGGCGUUCUUUUCGCCAAAGCUCUCGGCGCCGAUAAAGUCAUUGGUAUUUCUCGCAAGGCCUCCAAGAAGGAGGAAGUCCUCGCUCUCGGCGCAGACGCUUACAUAGCCACCGACGACGACGAGGACUGGGCCAACAAGAACGCCAAGACCAUCGAUCUCAUGAUCUGCACUGUCUCAAGCAGCAAGAUGCCUUACAGCGAUUACUUCAAGCUUCUGCGCCACGGCGCCGACUUUGUGCAAGUCGGUGCUCCUGACUCUGGUGAACUGCCCCCCAUCAAUGCGUUCAACCUCAUCAUGGGCCAGUUCAAGCUCAGUGGAAGUUUGAUUGGGUCGCCGAAGGAUAUCGAGGAGAUGCUGCAGCUUGCUGUUGAGAAGAAUGUUAAGCCCUGGGUUGAGAAGAGGCCCAUGGAGGAUGCGAACCAGGCCGUUGUUGAUAUGGAAAAUGGAAAGGCGCGAUACCGAUAUGUUUUGGUUAACCAGAAGAACAUUGAUUAAUUAGCGGGACGGAAAUGAUAGAGAUAGACUGUAUAUAAGAUAUGAAUGAACAAUAGAAUAAUCUUGAAC